GUCGGCUGUCCCAGGAUGCGGGCUCCGGGCGCGGGCGCGGCCUGCGUGGCCUCCGGGGCGCUGCUGUGGCUGCUCGGGCUGCCGUGGACCUGGAGCGCGGCCGCGGCGUUCGGCGUCUACGUGGGCGGCGGCGGCUGGCGCUUCCUGCGCAUCGUCUGCAAGACGGCCAGGCGGGACCUCUUCGGCCUGUCCGUCCUCAUUCGUGUGCGCCUCGAGCUGCGGCGACACCAGCGUGCAGGCCACACGGUGCCCCGCAUCUUCCAGGCGGUGGCGCGGCGGCACCCGGAGCGCCUGGCCCUGGUGGACGCGGGCAGCGGUGCGUGCUGGACCUUCGCCCAGCUGGACGCCUACUCCAACGCCGUGGGCCACCUCUUCUGCCAGCUGGGCUUCGCGCCAGGCGACGUAGUGGCCAUCUUCGCUGAGGGCCGGCCCGAGUUCGUGGGGCUAUGGCUGGGCUUGGCCAAGGCGGGCAUGGUGGCCGCGUUGCUCAACGUGAACCUGCGACGGGAGCCCUUGGUUUUCUGUCUGGGCACAUCGGGUGCCAAGGCCCUCAUCUAUGGCGGGGAACUGGCAGCGGCCGUGGCCGAGGUGACCCAGCAGCUUGGCAAAAGUCUGGUCAAGUUCUGCACGGGCGAGCCGGGCCCGGAGGGCGUCUUGCCGGACACGCGCCUGCUGGAUCCGAUGCUGGCUGAGGCGCCCACGACGCCUGUGCCUCAGCCCCCGGGCAAGGGCAUGGACGACCGUCUGUUCUAUAUCUACACGUCGGGCACGACGGGGCUGCCCAAGGCCGCCAUUGUGGUGCACAGCAGGUACUACCGCAUUGCCGCCUUUGGCCACCACGCCUACCGCAUGCAGACGGCCGACGUGCUGUACGACUGCCUGCCCUUGUACCACUCGGCAGGUAACAUCAUGGGUGUGGGCCAGUGCCUGCUGUACGGGCUGACCGUGGUCCUCCGCAAGAAGUUCUCAGCCAGCCGCUUCUGGGAUGACUGUGUCAAGUACAACUGCACGGUAGUGCAGUACAUCGGUGAGAUCUGCCGCUACCUGCUCAAGCAGCCGGUGCGGGAGGCGGAGGGCCGCCACCGCGUGCGCCUGGCCGUGGGCAACGGGCUGCGGCCCGCCAUCUGGGAGGAGUUCACGCAGCGCUUCGGGGUGCGCCAGAUCGGGGAGUUCUACGGAGCCACCGAGUGCAACUGCAGCAUUGCCAACAUGGAUGGGAAGGUCGGCUCCUGUGGCUUCAACAGCCGCAUCCUCACCCACGUGUACCCCAUCCGGCUGGUGAAGGUGAGCGAAGACACAAUGGAACUGCUGCGGGAUGCCCAAGGCCUGUGCGUCCCCUGCGAGCCCGGUGAGCCCGGUCUCCUGGUGGGUCAGAUCAACCAGCAGGACCCCCUGCGCCGCUUCGACGGCUAUGUCAGCGAGAGCGCCACCAGCAAGAAGAUCGCGCACAGCGUCUUCCGCAAGGGCGACAGUGCCUACCUGUCAGGCGAUGUGUUGGUCAUGGAUGAGCUGGGCUACAUGUACUUCCGGGACCGCAGCGGGGACACCUUCCGUUGGCGCGGGGAGAAUGUGUCCACCACGGAGGUGGAGGGCGUGCUGAGCCGCCUGCUGGGCCAGACGGACGUGGCCGUGUACGGGGUGGCCGUGCCAGGCGUGGAAGGAAAGGCAGGCAUGGCAGCCAUUGCCGACCCGCAGGUCCAGCUGGACCCCAACGCCCUGUACGUGGAGCUGCAGAAGGUGCUGGCUCCCUACGCUCGACCCAUCUUCCUGCGCCUGCUGCCCCAGGUGGACACCACAGGCACCUUCAAAAUCCAGAAGACGAGACUGCAGCGGGAGGGCUUCGACCCACGCCAGACCUCGGACCGGCUCUACUUCCUGGACCUCAAGCAGGGCCACUACCUGCCCCUGGAUGAGGCCGUCUACACUCGCAUCUGCUCGGGCGCCUUUGCCCUCUGAGGCUCUCGCCUCCUGGCUGGGGGGCUCAUAGCAGAGUAGGAGGGAGUGGGCUGUUCCCCUUCCCCACACCAUGUCACCACGCACCCACCUGGCCCAGGUCCCUUGGGUGGGGCUGGGAAACUGGAAUGUCGCAGGAGCCUUUGCCUGCCUCCUGCCUUCACACUCCUGUGGCCUCAUCUCUCCCUGUCCUCCUCCUGGCUCCCCCAACCCCCACUCCAGGGGCCGAGGUGGGGGACCUUGGUCUCUCUGGGUCCCACCCUGCUGUGCCUUAUAAGCCCUCUCCCUCGAGGGGCCAGGGGUGUUCUGCCCGGCCCCGCAGGCUGCAAUGAGGGGAGCGGGGUCACCAAGGAGCCCCCAAGGGACCGGCAUCUUCUCUAGCCUGAGCCAUCUGCCUUGUGCAUGUCUGAAUCCUGUGCCCAGUCUUCCAGGACCACGGCAUCCCCUCAAAGCCCUGGAAGUUUCCAGAAUGGACUGUGUCCACCACGACACUGGCCCCAAGGGGCCCAGCUCGGGGCACUUCACCCUGGCAGUGUGAUCAGGCAUGCCCUAGCCCCGCGUUGGUGGCUUUGUGGCUCUCCUGUCCCUGUGGUCCUCAUCGGUGGCUCCCAGCCUGGCUGUCGCUGCCCACCGCCCUGUCCACUCUCCGGCAGGCAGCGGUGUGAGGUCAGUAGAGACAGAACCAGUGAGGACCUGU